UUGAGCUCAUGUUUACAGUGCUUAGGGCGCUGAGUGUGUUUUUAUUUUAUCUCAACUCUUGGAUGGAGAAACUGUCCCUGAAAUCAAUGUCAGGCUUAUGAAGCGAAAGGAUUGAUAGCUAACUCAAGUUUCAUUGACAUAUCUUGGAAUAUUUAAGUUGGUACCAAGAUGCAUCAAUAACAUGCAUGGGACACUUGGACAACCAAAGCAUGUCAGUAACUGGUGUCUGUGGAGUAGAUUUAAAGUUUUGGCAUCCAUGUGCAAUUCCUUGCCUGUAACAACUACAUUCUGAAGCUGACGCCUUACAGGUGGCUACUUCCCCUGUUUUAAAUCUCAUCUUUCUACGUGAUGGUUUCAGAGCGGGAUGUUAGGCUCAGAUUUUUGUGAUGUCAUCCUUGACCCCACCCUGCGAGGGCGACAGCUCGACACCCAGAUUUUUUGUCGGUGCCCGAGAUGAUGAGACAGACUUUGUGGAAUCAAACAUGAAUCUAGACGAGGUUGAUUUCUAUGAAGAAGAGGAAGAUGAAGAAGAGGAAGAGACGCCUCCCGAGCGCCAGAUUGUGGUUGGAAUCUGCUCCAUGACCAAAAAGUCAAAAUCUAAACCAAUGACUCAGAUUUUGGAGAGACUGUGCAAGUUUGAAUACAUCACUGUAGUAAUUAUGUCUGAAGAUGUCAUCCUCAAUGAGCCUGUGGAGAACUGGCCCAUUUGUGACUGCCUGAUAUCUUUCCAUUCCAAAGGGUUCCCUUUGGACAAAGCUGUCGCUUACUCAAAGCUGCGCAAUCCAUUUCUUAUCAAUGACUUGAACAUGCAGUACUUCAUUCAGGACAGGAUCGAAGUCUACCGGAUUCUACAGCAAGAAGGGAUUGACCUUCCUCGUUAUGCUGUGCUGAACAGAGAUCCCGAUAAGCCAGAAGAAUGCAGUCUAGUGGAAGGGGAAGACCAGGUCGAAGUGAAUGGAGAGAUUUUCCCAAAACCCUUUGUAGAAAAGCCUGUCAGUGCUGAAGACCACAAUGUUUAUAUCUAUUACCCAACAUCGGCUGGAGGAGGAAGUCAGAGGCUCUUUAGGAAGAUAGGCAGUCGUAGCAGUGUUUACUCCCCAGAGAGCAGUGUUCGGAAGACAGGGUCCUACAUUUAUGAAGAGUUCAUGCCAACUGAUGGUACCGAUGUUAAGGUGUACACUGUUGGUCCAGAUUAUGCCCACGCAGAAGCACGUAAAUCUCCUGCUCUGGAUGGGAAGGUGGAACGUGACAGUGAAGGAAAGGAGAUCCGUUACCCUGUUAUGCUAACUGCCAUGGAGAAGCUGGUUGCAAGAAAAGUCUGCCUGGCUUUUAAGCAAACAGUUUGUGGAUUUGAUUUGCUGCGAGCCAACGGCCACUCAUUUGUUUGUGAUGUCAACGGUUUCAGUUUCGUGAAGAAUUCGAUGAAAUAUUAUGACGACUGUGCCAAAAUACUGGGAAAUAUAAUAAUGAGGGAGUUGGCACCGCAAUUCCACAUUCCUUGGUCAAUCCCCACGGAAGCAGAGGAUAUUCCUAUUGUACCAACCACUUCCGGCACCAUGAUGGAAUUGCGAUGUGUAAUUGCAAUAAUUCGCCAUGGUGAUCGUACCCCAAAACAGAAGAUGAAGAUGGAGGUUCGGCAUUCAAGGUUUUUUGAGUUAUUUGAGCAUUAUGACGGUUACAAAACAGGGAAAUUAAAAUUGAAGAGACCAGAACAGUUGCAGGAGGUGCUGGAUAUAGCCCGACUGCUCCUUGCAGAACUUGGAACUCAUAAUGACUGUGAGAUUGAGGAGAGAAAAUCUAAACUGGAGCAGUUGAAAACUGUCCUGGAAAUGUACGGACAUUUCUCUGGAAUUAAUAGGAAAGUGCAACUGACAUAUUUGCCCCAUGGGCACCCAAAACCAUCCAGCGAGGAUGAAGAUGCUCGAAAGGAUUCCCCGUCCUUAUUGCUAGUCCUGAAAUGGGGUGGGGAAUUGACCCCAGCAGGGAGAGUCCAAGCAGAAGAGCUGGGUCGUGCUUUUCGUUGUAUGUACCCAGGAGGGCAAGGAGAUUACGCUGGUUUUCCAGGCUGUGGACUCUUACGAUUGCAUAGCACAUACCGUCAUGACCUCAAGAUAUAUGCGUCAGAUGAAGGCCGUGUACAGAUGACUGCCGCAGCUUUUGCCAAGGGACUUUUGGCCUUGGAAGGGGAACUUACUCCAAUUCUAGUUCAGAUGGUAAAAAGCGCAAACAUGAAUGGUUUGUUAGAUAGCGACAGUGAUUCUCUCAGCAGCUGCCAGCGAAAAGUGAAGGCUCGUCUCCAUGAGAUAAUGCAGAAGGACAAGGAGUUUAUCGAGGAGGACCAAGAAAAGCUUUCACCUACAUGCAGCACAUCUCUGCUCAGCUCUAUGGAGUGCAUCAAAAACCCAGUGAAAACAUGCCACCAGGUCUUCUCCCUCAUUGAAAAUCUUACCGCUCAGAUAAGAAAACGGCUGGAGGAUCCCAAGUCAGCAGAUUUGCAGUUGUAUCACAGUGAGACCCUGGAGCUCAUGUUACAGCGAUGGAGCAAGCUUGAGAGCGAUUUCCGCAUGAAGAAUGGACGUUACGACAUCAGCAAGAUCCCUGAUAUUUAUGAUUGUGUCAAGUACGAUGUCCAGCACAACAGCUCUCUCAAACUGGAUGGGACAGAGGAGUUAUUCAAGCUUUCUAAAUAUCUUGCUGAUAUCAUAAUUCCACAGGAAUAUGGGAUAACCAAAGAGGAGAAGCUAGAGAUCGCGGUAGGAUAUUGUCUGCCUCUCAUAAAUAAAAUUCAGCUGGAUCUUCAAAGAACCCAUGAAGAUGAGUCUGUAAACAAACUACAUCCCCUGUAUUCAAGAGGUGUCCUGUCUCCCGGGCGACAUGUCAGGACUCGGCUCUACUUUACUAGCGAGAGCCAUGUACACUCUUUGUUAAGCAUUUUCCGAUAUGGAGGUCUCUUGGAAGAGCAAAACGACCAGCAGUGGAAGAGGGCUAUGGACUACUUAAGUGCUGUCUCUGAGCUAAACUACAUGACUCAAAUUGUGAUAAUGCUGUAUGAAGAUAACAAUAAGGAUCCCUCCUCAGAGGAGCGAUUUCACGUGGAACUGCAUUUCAGUCCUGGCGUCAAAGGUUGUGAGGAAGAUGAAAAAGCCCCCAUGGGGUUUGGUUUUCGUCCAGCAUCAGCAGAAAAUGAAGACAAGAAGACAGAUCAAGGGAGCUUGGAAGACUUGUCAAAAGUGAAAAGUGUUGAUGAGGUGGACAGAUCCCUUCUGAUGUCGCCCCUUCCAACAGAACCAGUAGGCGUUCAUCGCAAAUCACCGCUGACUCGCUCCAGGAAAACUGGUUCAAUGGAGGUGGUGAAUACCAAAAACACAGGGAAUUUGGAGUUCAUAACCAAUAGAGGGCGCCGGAGGAGAAGAUCGGGAGAUACCCAUCACUCCCCAUGUUCCAUCACUCUGCAAUCCAGGGCCAUGUCCAUCACUAACCUGGCAUCAUGGCGACAGGUUCUUUCUGAAACCUCUUCUAAAUCUGGUGGUUAUCGUCUCUUCACCUCUUAUGCCAGACAACCUUCAGACAUGAAGCAAAGCGGAUUAGGAUCACAGUGCACUGGGCUGUUCAGCACCACAGUGCUAGGAGGCUCCUCCAGCGCUCCAAAUCUACAGGACUACGCACGCAGCCACCGCAAAAAAAUCAGCGCCGCUGCCAGCCUGACAUACAAAGACGAACUGUUGUCUAUGCCAGCUGUAAAACGAUUUUCUGUGUCGUUUGCAAAGCAUCCGACUAAUGGUUUUGAGGGUUGCUCUAUGGUGCCCACCAUCUACCCAUUGGAGACUCUUCACAACUCCCUGUCCCUCAAACAAGUUAACGAGUUCCUGUCCCUGGUUUGUGAAAAGUUUGCAGAGACCCAUUCAAGAUCAUCUUCAGGUUGUGACUCCAUGAAUUCACGACGUACAUCAAGUGAUGUUUAUCUCCCCCAAAGAAUCCUCUCCUCCUCAUCGCUUCCCUUGCGCCAGCGCACGGAAAGACCUCCAUGGUAUAGCAGUGGUCCUUCCAGCACUGUGUCAAGUGCUGGACCCUCAUCUCCGACAGCUGUUUUGACUGAUUUUGCAGUACGCUUUAACUUUAUCGAUAAAACAUCACUAAGUGAAGAGCAAAGGAAAAAGCUAAAUCUUGAAGAUCUAGUUCAGUCACAUACACCAGCAGGAGAGGACUCCAACGGUGAAGAGUUGUGUCAUGAGGCUACUCAAGGAGAAGAAUGCUAUUGUAAUGAUCCUGCCAAUCUUGCACAGUUAGCUUCUGGUGAAGUACCAGCAACAUUUCAGAAUUUUAAUGCAGAUCAAAUGCAUUUAGGUCUAGAGCCACCCGGAGAAGGAUCGCUGCCAAAUCUUGAACAUUCAAAGGGAUUUUGUAGUACCCAGCACAUGACUUCUGACAGCCAAAGGAUUCCCAAAGAGCAGUCUCCAGUGGCCGAGCAAUCUUUAACAGAGAUAACUAUGCAGGGACAAGAGACCUCACUAUAGGUUUAAUUCUUUAACACAACUGUUCUCUGUUUACGAUUACGUGAUAAUUUUCUUUUUCAUCCAGAUUCCGUGUCCAGAUUGUGAAACCAAAUUAUAUCCGUAAAUAUGCUUCAACUUGCAGACAUUAUGUAAAAAAAACCUCAAAGGAUGUUCUAAUGUCUUCUGACGAUUUCAGUAAAUAUGUAAUUUACUGCUCAAAUAACAAUUGAAUCCGUCUUUAGAUGGGCUACUGCCCUACCAAUUCUAUUAACAUCUACCUAUAUGUUCCCUGGUUUCUUGCAAGGUUGAUUCACUAUGACAUUUUUCUCAGACUUUAAGGAACUGUCUGCAAGAUGAGUAGUCCGUUCAAGGCCACAAAUUAAAUGAAUGUGUGGCCUAAAGAUGUUGGUCAUCCUUCACAAAUUGAAGGUUCCUGGCUUGUCAGCAUUGUGUUAUGCAUCCCAUUGCAUCGUUUGGCCAGAGGAGGUACUACAAAUUAUUUGUGAACAGCUUAUUCAGUUUUACCAUGCAUAUAUACUUGCUGUGUGACAAACCGCUUUAUAUGACAGGAAACUGGGACAUUGUUGCUCUUCAUUGAAAUCAUUUUCAUAGAAGCCUAGAUUUGGUGAAUGGCAUUCUGGAGAAAUACGUUUUCCACAUAUAUACUAUAACAAACUGAAGACUCGCUGAGUGCUUCCUGAGCUCAGCACGGAAAUGGGUAUGGUUUGUUUUUGGGUUUUUUUCUUAUUUUUUUUUUUCUUGUUGUUCUUUAUUAAAAAAAAAAAAAAACUUUGUUGGACUUUUCACUUAGUCAAAAAAAAAUCAAAAAAAUCUUGGAGAACACAGAAGAUGGCAAAAGCAAUCACUGACUUUUUGUAAGCUUUGUAAUUUUUAUUUUUUACAUUUUUUAAUGCCGUGGUCCACCCAGGCAUAUUCCUUUUGGCAUUGGAAGUGCCGUUGCCUCUGUCUCGCCAAAGCAUAGAAAAUGAUGCUGUGCACAAAGCGAAUACAUGUAGGGGGUCUAAUGAUGCACUAUGUUUAGCUGCUUAACAUGGUCACUCUAACAUUAUGGCCACAGUAAACUUGUAUCUGUUAUCAAUGGGCUUCUACUUUCACAAGUCCAACAGAUAUAUUAAGACAAGUACUAAGUAAUGUACACUGGUGGAGAUAAUUAAUAGAUUGUCUGUUAAUCAAUGUCAAAUGCUACUCUUAAAACAAACCAUGUCAAGAUGUUAGCAAUUAUGAUUUAUUUUUUUGAAGCAGUGUUUGAGUUGAAAUGUUUUUCUCGGACUGGUCUCUUGUUUUAAUUGCCUACAGAGAUGAAUUUAUUACAGUGAGCAAAUCCAUUUGCUUUUACCACCCCUAUUUACACAUACUUUAUGCUCAUGGUGUUGUUGCAUGCAGAAAGCCUAUUUUGUAUCCAUCAUGGGUUAUUUAUUUUUUUAUUCUAGCAAUAUGCUAAGUGGUGCAGCAGCAGGAUCAUUCUGUUGGUUUCCAUGGUGAUUGCUAAAGUUUUACAACUUUGCCCUAGAAUUAGACUUUAUAAAUAACUCUGUUUUUUUGUUUUUUUUCAUGAGGGUAUCUAGUCACAUUCAGGGUACUGGUCCAGCUAAACAUUUAAUAUUAACUUUUUUGAGAAUGUGUUUUAAGGACAAAUUUCGUAUUUUGGUAGUAAAGCUGGGCUUGGUAUUAAUAUAAAAUGGUCAGGAUAUUCGGAACCAGCUCAUUUAUACUGUGAUUUAUACCACUUAUGCCAUAUUACAGGAUUGCCUGUCUUUUUGGACAUCCGUCCAGUAAACGAUUACAUUGCAUUUGAUUUGAAUUGCAAAUAGUACUUUAUUUGUUACGAGAGCAUUAUUGACCGAACAUAAAUGUAAUUUUAAAAGGUCUCAAAGCCAUAAACGGACAUUCGCUCAUAUAGAAGUCGACUAUACUGCCAAGGGGACAUCUCUUACAGAUGCAGACAUGUUUAUAUUGAGUAGUUUAGGGCAGCUAAUAUGAUUAUUGUGGGGAUAGGGGAGUCUCCAAAGGCUUCGCUUAUUCAAGUCGUAUUUAAAUACUUGAAAACACUGCAGAUUAUUUUCUUAUAACUCAGUGGCCAGUUGAAGGACAAAGCUAAAAACUUGGGUGCCAAAGCAAGCCGAGCUUUCUUCUUCUUUUAUUAUUAUUAUUAUUAUUAUUAUUAUUAUUAUCAUUUUUAUUAAGCCCCAUUUGAACAGGUACGUAUAAUGCCUUGCAAGGAUGGGGUAUGGCAGUGGAUUGGUUCUGGCCAUUUUUGGAGAGCUUAAGACACUUUGCUACAAAAUUAUUAACUCUAUUUUUUGGGCAUAUUUAUCAGCUCUCUUCAUUGCUAUAAGCCAAGCUCUGACAUCAUAUCUCUGCGGCAGUCUCCAAUGCAGUAUUGCCAGUGAGAGCCAACUGUAAGAGAAAUUCCCUGCUAUGCUGCUAAACACCAGAUAUAGAGUGGGUUCCGCGGCUCCUGGAAUUCAAAGGCUUGAUAACUGCACUUUUUAUAGCAGUACUUUUAGGUUUCUCUUGCAGGAAGUAUUUCUGUAACUCACGCAGAAAAAUAUUGAUCAACAUGCGACACCUGAAUCAAUAGAAUUUGCAGUGCAAUGUCAGCAUUGUUUGCAUUUGAGAACCAUAUUGAUUGUUCGGAAAGUCUUUAUCUAACCCUGUACGUAUUACAGUCUACUUAAGAGAAUAGGUCUUGCCUUUUACACUUCAUAAGAAAGGGAAAAAAAAAAUGAUGGCUACCGGUUUUCAGUCAAGAUUUUAGAAGUACAUUUGACCUUGAACUUUCCUCUGAAAUGUGGUGAAAAUCAAUGUUCAGAUUUUUUUUCUAUAAAAAACUUGUUUACUCAAAUCAAAGAACAAAAAGGACAGCCUGAAAAUAAGAUGUUUCACCCCAAACCCCCGUUUGCCCUGUAAAAAACGGAAGCCUUAAUUGAGAGCUGUUGUUAAUUUGAACAGAUAUUGGAUGUAUAUUAUUAAAAAAAAAAAUGCUAUUUUCAGAAUAAACUUGCUAGUAAAAUUUAAA